AAGUUGCGAGAAGAAAGAAAGGAGGAGACGUGACGGGAUUGUUGAAAUUAUUUUCUUGGUUCCCCCACACCACCUCACCACAGUGUCCCGGGUUCCGUGUGUAAAUACUGCAGCGGUGGUAUUUAAAGUUCAAAACAUCGUCUGGCACUCAGCAGAAGUCCUGAUAGUGAGGUUUGGCACACAGGACACUGGGGGAUCUGACUAGGUCAUGGCCAAUCGGGGAGGUGCUACGAGACCCAAUGGACCCAAUGCAGGGAACAAGAUCUGUCAGUUUAAGCUGGUGCUGUUGGGGGAGUCAGCCGUUGGGAAGUCCAGCUUAGUGCUCCGCUUCGUCAAGGGUCAGUUCCAUGAAUUCCAGGAGAGCACAAUAGGAGCUGCCUUUCUCACCCAGACAGUGUGUUUAGAUGACACAACAGUGAAGUUUGAAAUCUGGGACACUGCAGGUCAGGAGCGUUACCACAGUUUGGCACCCAUGUAUUACAGAGGAGCACAAGCCGCCAUUGUGGUCUACGACAUCACAAACGAGGAAUCCUUUGCACGGGCAAAGAACUGGGUGAAGGAGCUACAAAGACAAGCUAGCCCUAACAUAGUCAUCGCUCUGUCAGGAAACAAGGCUGACCUAGCCAACAAGAGAGCUGUCGACUUCCAGGAUGCCCAGUCCUACGCAGAUGACAACAGCUUACUUUUCAUGGAGACGUCGGCCAAGACAUCUAUGAAUGUGAAUGAGAUAUUUAUGGCUAUUGCAAAGAGAUUGCCGAAGAGCGAGCCUCAGGCUGCAGGAACCAGUAGCGGGCGGAACCGGGGAGUGGACCUGACAGAAGCUGCCCAGCCAGCCAAGGCUCCGUGCUGCAGUAACUAACGUGAAGAACGCCCCACUCCCAACCAACCUGUAUAGCAGUAACUAAUGCGGCUGAUUCCCCCGAUGCCACUGCAGUUACUAAUGCAAUGUGUUGUACUCUUGUUUCCAAUUCUGUCAUUUUGCAAAACGAAACCACCCCCGCCCCCCUUCUUUUUCAGUAACAAAGUCAAUGCCAUUACACUGAUUUCUGCAUCUUUUCCUCCAUCACAGUUCUGCUGCUACUUGGUUAAGCCCCUGAACCAUUCUUUCCUACUUUCUGCCAUCCAGCUUGUUGCAUCUGUCAAUUCUUAUUGAUAGAUUAGUGAUAGCAGAUAUUAGAGAUAUUAUUGCACCCUGCCUUCCAUCAUCUUCCUUCCAAUGUGCAGAUAUGAGUUUCAUGUAGAGGAAGUGGUCUCUUCCCUUUUUCUGGGAUAGCUUAAAACUUUACUACUGCAUUUCUAAUACCAGUCUUGUUUUUGUUCUUUUUUUUUUGAUAACUUUGUUAAUUGUUGUUUGCUCUAAUUUUGUCUAAAUUCUGGGUGCACAUACUUGUAUACUUACAUGGCCUAAAAUAGAAAAAACAAAAACUGUUUUACCUUUUGUCUGCAGUUGCACAGAAAAAUUGUUUGUUAGAGAAGAGGGGUGUAUUCUUGUGAAUCUGAGAAAGACGGAAGGUGGAGAGAGACGGAGAAAAGGAGAGGAACCCUUAGCUCCACACCUCUCUCCUGUCACUGGGACCCUUUUAUCUUAAAGCAUUCAUGAACUGUAGUCCUUUUAGAUUCUCUCUCUCUCUGUUUCCCUCUGUCUUCCUGCCCACCCAUGCUGUCCAUGUCCUUUCCCCCACUAAACCCAAAGUAGCAUUAGUGUACAUUCUCUUCUACCAACCUAAGGCUCCAUUCUGGGGCCAUGCCUGCUUCUAGCUGUCCCUAGUGGCAUUGUGCAAUGUUUCACAGUAUUUACUCUGUGACUUGAGUGUCUGCAAGGACCAGUGCAGUACAGCAAGGCCCCCUGUUCCACCCAGUUUUCUCCACAACAAGGCACAGGGGCCUCAGAGAUACACAUAAGGGUCACACCUCCCCAUCUCCUGAUGCAGUGUCCUUUCAUAAAUCAUUUGUAGACCAUCCCUUUGUGGUCAUACUGUGGUCUCUCGGUUUCUGUCUUUGAAUGAUUUCGUUGAUGCAGAUUGCCAUUUCCAUUGUGUUAAUGUCUCUGGACCGCUGCUGGGUUUGCACCUGGUAAAAACGAAGGCGAUGGUAUUGAGUUGGAAGUUGCAAUAUGUAAGGCUGCUUCAUAAUCACCUUCAAAUCACAAUUAUUUGUCAUCUUCUUUUGAUUAGGAAGUGCUUUAGACACAGUCUUGUGUCAGCGUGUACAAAGCGGGCCUGGGCUGGCUGGCUGGCGACAGAUUUCAUAAAGACUCACUCACGUGUGUGUGUGUGUGUGUGUGUGUGUGUGUGUGUGUGUGUGUGUGUGUGUGUGUGUGUGUGUGUGUGUGUGUGUGUGUGUGUGUGUGUGUGUGUGUGUGUGUGUGUGUGUGUGUGUGUGUGUGUGUGUGUGAGUGUGUGAGUGAGUGAGUGAGUGAGAGAGACUUCGUUCUUCUGAGCCCUAUCAGACGUAAACAUUAUUCUACAUGAGCACACACACACGGUCUGUUACACCUCUCCCUCACCUAUGGUGAGCACACCCUUCUCCCCCUGUUCCCAGCCCCCCCUCCCAUACACACCCGCACACACACACACACACACAUACAUACAUACAUCAUAUGGUCAAUAACUCUUUACAAGUCUGUCUUACUCAUGCCUUGCACUAAUGAUGCUCAUGAAUAUAUCCUGUCAUAAUUACAGCCAGUGUGAUAUAAAUAUAUAUAUAUAAAUAUAAAUAUAUAAAUAAUAUACUGUAAAUAGGGUGUUGCAGUGUAGUCUACUUUUUUUUUUUUUUUUUGGAUUUACCAGUGACAGGACUAAUGCUUGCUAGGGAGUUGUCUAGAUAAUCAUAAAAAGAACUGUACAGUUAGCAGAAAAAAACAGCUACAAUCUGGUUUGAAGUUUUGUUGCUGUUCCUUUUUUCCACACAAAUGGUUAAAUUAUAAUCAGUGGUGGUCUUUAUAAAUGUAUGUAGUGUUAUUAACAACGAAAAAAUGAAAUUGCAUUUAUUUAGUCGUCUGUCUUGUACCUUUUUUUUUUUUCAAAAGAAAAAAAUAACCCAAACAUUUUGGUUUGUAUUUUUUAACAUUAGCUCUUUGUUGCAUUUCACUACUUCUUUUUGUAGUGGCACCAGGCUCCCAUGCCUUGUCCAGUGCUCCACCCUGUAAGUAGACCUGAACUUCCAGAGACACUGGUGGUGACAGCACCAGAGGAGUCAAACACAACACAGAGCAGUUUUUGAUUAACCAACAGUCUGCCCCUCCAUAACAUCUCAGUAACCCUGUGAAGAUAUUGUAGGAACAGUGUAACAACUAUCAGCUGGCACAAUGGUGAUUCAUGAAUAAAUGAAUUAACACAUAAGGAUGUAAAAUGUAUGUUUCUUUUUGCCGUGAACACUUAAUUGCAGCUGAAAACAUUUAAAUGCAAGCAUUUUACAGUACUGUUAUGUAAUGACCAAAUAAAUACUGAAAUAAAUUUGAUCAUUUAUUAUUUUAA